AAGUUGCUACUCCGGGGUGUUUGAACAGGAAGGCGGACAUGUUGGUCAGGCUUGUGGGAGAAAAUCGGGCAUCGUAUGCUGUUUUUUUCUUCUUCUUCUUCUUCUCGAAAACGAACUUAUAUCUAAACACGGUUACAACGUCGUCGUUUCGAGAGAGUGUUUCCGUCCGGACGACAAACUACCGACAGUCAUUGACAACGCACCGGAUGUAGCGGAGGGACCGCCGUUAAUCGUUGUAACCAGCCCCGUGUUUAAAACUCAUUUGGAAGAAGCAGAAGUUUUUUUUUUUUUUUUACCCCCACCACUUCUACUUUUGAGCUGUCAGUUUCUAUUGUCGUUUUGCUGCAAGGGCCUGACACAGAUAUGGGAAUGGACCUGGACUAACCCCCCCCCCCCCCCCUCAAAUGGUGCUUUUCCAGCAGACAUUACAUAUGUUUUAAUUGCCUUUUUGUUUGGAUGCAAAAACAUUUUUAAGCCCUUCUCCUCGGUGGCAUCCUGUGGAGGCUGACUAAUCUUUCGCCUCAUUUAUCUUUUGCCACUGAAGUUAUUCGCCACACACACACACACUGGGAAAACCUCUUUCGACUCUGAAAAUGUGGCUUUUGUACAUUCAACGCAACCUUAAACGAUUCAUCGUCUGUGCGAGCUCCAGGAGAACGAUGUGUUUUCUUUGAAGAGAGAGCGGCGGAAAAGUUCACACGGAAGAAAAGGAACAUUUUGGCUAGCUAGCUACCUUAGCUGGCUGCUGAAGCUAGCUAGCCAGCCUUCUGUCUCAGCAGGGAGCUGUGUGUUUUUUUGUUUUUUGUUUUUUUUUGUCCAUAACCCGACGCCGAGGAUGAGUUUAACAGCAAAAAUGUCCACUGGGGAAAGCAUGGAGGCUCGGUUUGAAAAAAUCGAUGCCAUGUUGAAGGACCCAAAGUCAGAAGUAAACACGGAUUGUCUGCUGGAUGGCUUGGACGCGCUGGUGUAUGACCUUGACUUUCCUGCCCUGAGGAAAAACAAAAGCAUUGACAACUUCUUGAAUAGAUACAAAGAAACCAUUAGUAAAAUCCGUGAUCUACGCAUGAAAGCCGUGGACUAUGAGGUGGUUAAAGUUAUUGGAAGGGGAGCGUUCGGAGAGGUGCAGUUGGUAAGACACAAAGCCACAAGCAAGGUUUACGCCAUGAAGCUACUGAGCAAGUUUGAGAUGAUCAAGAGAUCAGACUCUGCUUUCUUUUGGGAGGAGAGAGACAUCAUGGCUUUUGCCAACAGUUCAUGGGUUGUGCAGCUCUUUUUUGCAUUCCAAGAUGACCGCUACCUCUACAUGGUGAUGGAAUACAUGCCCGGCGGGGACUUGGUUAACUUGAUGAGCAACUAUGACGUCCCGGAGAAGUGGGCCCGCUUUUACACAGCUGAGGUGGUGCUAGCUCUGGAUGGAAUCCACGCUAUGGGCUUCAUUCACAGGGAUGUGAAGCCUGACAACAUGUUGUUAGACAAAGCAGGCCACUUGAAACUUGCAGACUUUGGGACCUGCAUGAAAAUGAACAAGGAUGGUAUGGUACGAUGUGACACAGCAGUGGGAACUCCAGACUACAUUUCGCCUGAGGUACUGAAAUCCCAAGGAGGAGACGGCUAUUAUGGCAGAGAGUGCGACUGGUGGUCCGUGGGAGUGUUCUUGUACGAAAUGCUUGUUGGCGACACUCCUUUCUACGCUGACUCCCUGGUGGGGACCUACAGCAAAAUUAUGAACCACAAGAAUGCCCUGACCUUCCCUGAUGACAGUGACAUCUCCAAUGACGCCAAGAACCUUAUCUGUGCUUUCCUGACGGACAGGGAAGUCCGCCUUGGCCGUAACGGUGUAGACGAGAUCAAGAGGCAUCCUUUCUUCAAGAAUGACCAGUGGACGUGGGAUAACAUCAGAGAAACGGCUGCUCCUGUAGUGCCUGAACUGAGCAGUGACGUUGACACCAGUAACUUUGAUGAUAUCGAGGAGGACCGGGGAGAGGAGGAGACCUUCCCCAUACCAAAGGCCUUUGUGGGCAACCAGCUCCCCUUUGUGGGCUUCACUUACUACAGCAACCAGCAUCUUAUACGUCGGUCCACCGCCUCAACAAAGACCAGCGACAAACGUAGCAGCUCCGCAAAGGAAGACAAGAGUCAUCUGGAGAACCUGCAGAAGAGAAUCUACCAGCUGGAGGAACAGCUCCACAGCGAGAUGCAGCUGAAGGAUGAGUUGGAGCAGAGAUGCCGGACAUCAAGCACCAAGAUCGACAAGAUCAUGAAAGAACUGGAUGAAGAGGCGAACCUGAGGAAGACGACGGAGGCCAGCAUGUCUCUGCUGGAGAAGGACAAGAUCAUGAUGCAGCACAGAUUCACUGAGUACCAAAGAAAAGCUGACCAGGAGGCAGAGAAGAGACGCAAUUUGGAAAAUGAGGUUUCAACUUUAAAGGAGCAGCUCGAAGAUAUGAGGAAGAUCAGCCAGAACUCUCAGGCCUCAAAUGACAAGAUUCUCCAGCUGCAGAAUCAACUGGAAGAGGCCAAUGACCUCCUGCGUGCAGAGUCGGACACGGCAGUCAGACUGAGGAAGAGCCACACGGAGGUGGGCAAGACGGUGAGCCAGUUGGAGAGCUUGAACCGAGAGCUGCAGGAGAGGAGCCGCGCCGCAGAAGGGGAGAAGGCCCAGUUGGAGAAGGAGCUCCUGCUUCUUCAGAGCACCCUGGAUUCGGAGAGGAGGAACUACAGCCAGGGCUCGGAGGAGAUCAGGGAGCUGCAAGCGAGGAUGGCAGGGCUGCAGGAGGACAACAAGAGCUUGAAGCUCAGCCUCUCCAAAGUGGAGGCGGAACGCAAACAGGCCCAGGAGAGGAGCAACAACCUGGAGAAGGAAAAGAACAACCUGGAGAUAGACCUGAACUACAAGCUGAAGACUCUGCAGCAGCGUCUGGAGCAGGAACAGACCGAGCACAGGGGGACGCGGGCACAACUCACUGACAAAUAUGAGUCUAUUGAAGAAGCCAAAUCAGCUGCCAUGAACGCUGUUCAGCAGAAGAUGUCUGAGGAGAACGGAGCGAGGAUGCGCGCGGAGAGCCGGGUAGUGGAAGUAGAGAAGCAGUGCUCUAUGUUAGAGUUUGACCUGAAGCAGUCUGUGCAGAAGAUGGAGCAGCUGAUGAAGCAGAAAGAACGGCUGGAAGAUGAGGUGAAGGAUCUGAGGAUACAGAUAGACCAGGAGUCCAGCAAGCGCGUGCAGGCACAGAACGACCUGAAGGGCCGCGUGCAGGAGGUGGACCGCCUUCGGGUUUCAGAGAAGCAGCUCAAACAGGAAACCAACACGGCUCUGGAGAGUAAACGCUCGCUGGAGUUCCAGCUGGCUCAGCUGACCAAACAAUACAGAGGCAACGAGGGACAGAUGAGGGAACUUCAGGACCAGCUUGAGGCUGAACAGUAUUUUUCUACACUUUACAAAACUCAGGUCAAGGAACUAAAAGAGGAGAUUGACGAAAGGAACCGGCACGUGCAAGAGGUUCAUAAAAAGGUGCAGGAUUUGUGCAGCGAAAGGGACUCCCUGUCUGCCCAGCUCGAUCUGACGGUGACAAAGGCCGAGUCAGAGCAGCUCGCCCGGGCACUUCAGGAGGAACAGUACUUUGAGCUCAGCCAGGAGAACAAGAAGGCAGUGACAAGACAUAAGCAGGAGAUCAUAGACAAGGAGUCAACAAUUGCACGGCUUGAAGAUUCUAAUGCAACUCUUACCAAAGAUGUGGAGAACCUCAGCAAAGAGAAGGCUGAGCUAAGUGAGAAGAUUCAAGCUCAGGAAGAAGAGUAUGUAGCUCAGAAGGAGGAGAUUUCAAAUUCAAUCAAGGCCAACUAUGAGAAGGUCCUCAACACAGAGCGCACGCUGAAGACUCAGGCGGUGAAUAAGCUGGCAGAGAUCAUGAACCGUAAGGACAUGAAGCUGGACCAGAAGAAGAAGGGCAGCACAGCUGACCUGCGGAAGAAGGAGAAGGAGAACCGCAAGCUUCAGCUGGAACUGAACCAGGAGAAGGAUAAGUUUAACCACAUGGCCAUCAAGUACCAGAAGGAGCUGAGUGAGAUGCAGGCACAACUUGUGGAGGAAUGCACAUAUCGCAACGAGCUGCAGAUGCAGCUGGACAGCAAGGAGAGCGACAUCGAGCAGCUACGGGAGAAACUGAGCGACCUGCAAAACUCCAGCGUCACCAGCCUGCAGAGCGAUGAGACGGACAGCAACAUCGCAGAAUCCAGGCUGGAGGGUUGGCUGUCCAUUCCAAACCGCGCUAACAUCAAGCGAUAUGGAUGGAAGAAGCAGUAUGUGGUGGUGAGCAGUAAGAAGAUUCUGUUCUACAAUGACGAGCAGGAUAAGGAACAGUCCAACCCCUCUAUGGUACUAGAUAUUGAUAAAUUGUUCCAUGUGAGACCAGUCACACAGGGAGACGUGUACCGAGCGGAGACGGAGGAGAUUCCAAGGAUAUUCCAGAUUCUUUAUGCCAAUGAGGGAGAGUGCAGGAAGGAAGCGGACAUGGAGACGGUCCCUCAGGGCGACAAGACCAACUGUCUCCCACACAAAGGCCACGAGUUCAUCCCCACGCUGUAUCACUUCCCUUCCAACUGUGAGGCGUGCGCCAAGCCUCUGUGGCACGUUUUCAAGCCGCCUCCGGCCUUGGAGUGCCGCCGCUGCCACGUCAAGUGCCACAAAGACCACCUCGACAAAAAGGAGGACGUUAUCGCCCCUUGCAAAGUAAACUACGACGUGACCUCUGCCCGGGACAUGCUCCUGCUGGCCCUCACCCAGGAUGAGCAGAAGAAAUGGAUCGGCCACCUUGGAAAGAAGAUCCCUAAGACCCCGCCAUCCACAUUUUCAAGAGCCUCACCUCGAUCCAUGUCCACUCGCUCCGGACCCAACCAGUCCUUCCGCAAGAACCCUAAAAGCAAUACAGGAAAGCUGAGCUAACCAUCUGAACCGUUUGGAUUUUUUCUGGACUCUAAACUUUCCCCUCCUUCCUCAUUCUUGAAAACAGAAGCCUGUAUUUUGUCAAAAAUCCAUAAAAAAGAGAAAAAUUAAAAUGAUAAAUACACAGCGCUGGAAAAAUUGCAACGCAUGUCACACAAAAGGCAUCGUGGACAUUGAGAGAGGUCUGAUCCCUCAAACCCUUCCGCAGCUUUUCCUCAUUCAAGAAGACCGCCGUCAUCCAACUCAUCAAACUUGCAGCGCUCCAUUUCUACCAGAAGAUGGCGCCCUCUUCUUGAUCUAAAGAUUGACUCUGGAGUGGAAAAAGAGGGACGACACAUGGCAUGGAGACAUUCUGUGUUUCAUAUUAUACGACAGUUUAUGAUGGAAACAGGAAGGUAAAAGGGGGGUUUGCUGGGACUGCUGCAAGUAUGUGUUCAGCUAAAGGUACUGUCAUACAGGGAUUGCAUAUCUGCAGUGAGUGGUUGUGUCUCAGGGGUGGAAAAUUAAUAUCUGUUUUGUCAUUUCUUUCCCCAAUGUGACAGAUACUCCAGCUAAAUGCACGCAUACUUCUGUUUCCAUCUAAGAAAAAAAAAAAGACAGAUGCCUUCAUUUAAUAUCUCUGGCCUUUUUGCCUUUAUUCAUAUCACUCUUCAAGUCAAUUAUCAGGUUUGGGACAGAGCAUUUGGACAUAAGUAUUAGAUAUUUUGAGUAUUGAGUGAGGAGCAUGCAAGAUCACCAUUUAAAUCUAUGCAUUAUUUUUAUUAUUAUAAUUAUUUUUAUUGCUCCAAGCCAUAAGUAAAAUUCCAUUGUAAUGGCAUAUAAAACUUAUUUGAUUUUUGUUUCUGUUUAUUUGGUACAUUGUCUCUGUCAUAUUUUUUUUUCUUGUAUUGUUUAUUUUUUGUAAUGUAUUGCCUUACAUUGAUUCAUAGAUACAUGGUUGAAAAGGAAAACAAUAAGUUAACAAAUGUAAAACUGCACUGUUUGAAUUGUAAAUUAUUUGUAGACUAAACAGGUGUAGCAUUUGGCACACCUAGUGCCUUAACAUUUGGAUAUUGAUUUUACUGCCAUAUCUGUUUGCUUUUUUCCUCCUCUGAAACAUGACAAAUCUUAACUCUUCCACCUUUUUUUUUUUUUUUUUUUUUUAAAGAAAUCGCCACACGUCUGUGGUUUUAUCGGAACUUCUUUUCUCUGGUUUGAGUAUAUAAAAUAUAUAUAUUAGGUUAUGUCUUUAUGGACACAUGCAAUAGAGUUAACGUGUUAAGACAAAGUCCCCACACUUCGAUUCAUAUCACAAAACAAAGUUCAGGAUGGUGUACCAAAAGAAACCUGCCUGUGUCAGUGAUUGUCCAAGGUAACAAUUACAAGUUUGUUUCUCUAACACGGUAAUGUCCCGUUAAUGCAAACCCCCAACUGUGUAUAUAAUGAGAGAGACAUAAAGAUUAUGGAAUACCUCCGCAAUCUUUUUAUUUGUAACUUUUUGUUCAGCUAAAAAAGCACUGGAACUAUGAUCUACUCUUGGAUAAUUUGCAUGGUUAAUUGCAUUGGCAUUCGCACUGAAAGAUAUGUUAAUAAACAUAUCUUUAUCAUUCA